AACAUUUUAAUGGUGACAAAUACUGGUAAUUUGAACAGUGAUAAUGGAACUUUUCUUGUAAGCGACUUUCAAGUGAAAUAUAUAGGUUACGAGAAAAGAGGGUUUUUGUUUGUUUCUUUAAUAUCAUUAGCAUUCACUUCAGUGAAAGUAAUGAAAUUCCUUUUUUUCACAGGUUUGAAAAUCUGAUAUUUACUUUGGUCUGAGGUUUAAUGUUUCAUUGCAGAACAGAAUGGGAGAUGCCGAAGCAGGAAAGAAGAUCUUUAUUCAAAACUGUGCUCAGUGCCACAGAGUGGAAAAAGGUGGAAGGCACAAGACUGGCCCAAAUCUCUGGGGCCUCUUUGGCCGAAAAACAGGACAAGCACCAGGAUUUUCUUACACUGAUGCAAACAAAAACAAAGGUAUUAUCUGGGGAGAAGCAACUCUGAUGGAGUAUUUGGAGAAUCCAAAGAAAUACAUCCCUGGAACGAAAAUGAUCUUCGCUGGUCUUAAAAAGAAGAGUGAGAGGGAAGAUCUUAUUCAAUAUUUAAAAAAGUCAACAUCUUAAUGAAAUGUUUAUUACAAUUUCAGAAAUACUAGUGAUGAACCAAAUUUUUCUAAUUUCAAAUUUUCCAUAUUUAAAGCAGUCAUGUUUGAUCUUUCUUGAUCAGCCUGUAGCAACUUUAAUAUUUCAGAAUAAAGGUUGAUAGUUUUCAUUGUGUGUGUUGUACUGAGCAAAUGCCCUUCAGAGUCUGAAUUUGCUUUUGUCUUCUUACUAACUAUGGGGAUAAGGUCAGGAUGGAGGAGGAAAGGGAAGGAAACUGAAAUCUUUUGUCCUUCAGUAGUCUGUACAUGCACAAAAUAUUUUAUAAGCUUAGCAACUGCUGUUGAUGGUUGAGAUAGCUUCCACAUACUUACAUUGCUGUAAUUUGAAUGUAAAUAUAGCAGGCAUUAGCUUUAGUUUUCAUUAGGCUGUGUUUGGUUAUGUGUUUGCUUUUUAUUAUAAACAAUAUUUAAUUUUUAGGGAAAACGAAGUCAAAUAUUUUAAUCUUAGGACUAUUACUAGAAAAAAAAUUGUUAACCAUGAGUGACAUGGAGCAGGGAAUGCAUGUUCCAUGUUAAUAAACAUUUAAAUUACAUAAUAUAUAAUUUUUUUGCAUUAACCUUUUUAAUUCUGAGUAAUGUAGUACCAGAUUGCAGGGAGACAUAACGGGGACCCUGAGAGCAGCCCAUAAAUUGCAGAGUCAGAAAAUAAAACCACCUCACAGUAAGUGGCAGUGACAUAUGGUGGAGCACUUCCACAACAGAGCUUGUGUGGAAGAGCGGGGCCUGGGUAGUGUGAGGCAGUCUCUGAAGCAGCUAUGCAGCCCUGCAAGUAUUCUGUCACCCAGCUGAUGUGGCCCAAAGCAAGAAGGAGAAGCAGUCAGAGAGGCAGGUAAUGGUUUGGUCAGUGGUCAUUAUGGGGUGGGGAUGGGACAUACAUUAUCUCAUUUACACUUCACAGUAACACUCCUGUGAGGUGGGUGUUAACUGUUUACAUUGAGGCUUCCAGAGAUCUGGUACCAAAACUAAAACUUUUAUCUCGUUAUCUAAUUCUUGGGAACUUUCUCACAACGUCAUAGAAUAUGUUAGCUAGCUAACAUAGCAGACCACACUUCUGAGAAAGUACCCUAACAGAAGGUUCCCAGUCCGAGGGGAAUGUGGUUGAAAGAGCAGUGAUUUCCAGGGGAAGAAGACCAAAACCAAACCCGUGGCCAUCAAGUCGAUUCCGACUCAUAGCAACCCUACAGGACCGAGUAGAACUGCCCCAUAGAGUUUCUGAGGGGCGCCUGGUGGAUCCAAACUGCCAGCCUUUUGGUUAGCAGCCUAA